GGCCAGGAUCCAGCCUGGAUUUAUUUCCCAGGCAUGAGUGGGCCCUGGGCCCCUGGUGGGUGAAGAUGUCAGAUGGUAGAUGCCAGCACGCCUGGCAGGCAGCUCCCCAGCAAGGGCCCUGCUGUGGCCGGCGCUGCCCCCCCUGGCCAGAGUCUCCACAGUGCCUCCCCAAGGGCCAGACCAGAAAGCAGGUGUUCAGGAGCUGACCGUGUUCUUGAAAGGACGUUGGUGACCAUCCUAACACCACUGGAUGCGGGAAGUCUAUCCCGGGCCAAGGUGCUCUGCCCAUUUCCUCAGCCCUCGUUCUGCAGGAAAAAGAGCCCUGGAAAAAGAGCCGUGGUCCAGCCACAGGGAAGUGUCCUCUGGCUAGUGCCCACCCCUGACCUGAAGCUGGGGCAGGCCCUUCCCUUGUGCCCUCUGCCCGCUGCAACCCUGGGCACUGCGGGAAUGGCUUGGGCAGGGUUUUGAGACCAGCCUGAGGCCUAUGGCCCCCCCACCCCUGCCACCUCCCAUCUGCCCUGUACGCUGCUUACCGGGUAACCGGAGCCGUGAGCUGCAUCUAUGCCUGAAACAGGAAGCCUGGGCCUGUGCGUGAGCCACAGAAAGCUGGCCAGGUGGCCGGGGCUGGACGAUGGAGGAGCAGCGGGCGCUCAAAGCCGCCAAGAAGGGGGACCUGGCCACCUUGGAGCAGCUGCUGGAGGCUGGUGUCCUGGGACCGGGCAUUACCGAUGCCCUGGGGGCUGGCCUGGUGCACCAUGCCACCCGGGCCGGCCACCUGGCCUGUGUCAAGUUCCUGGUGCAGCAGGCCAAGCUACCCGGCAACCAGCAGGCCCGCAACGGGGCCACACCAGUGCAUGAUGCCGCCGCCACAGGCAGCCUGGCCGAGCUCCGCUGGCUGGUGCGUGAUGGGGGCUGCGGUCUGCAGGACCAAGACGCCUCGGGUGUCUCCCCGCUGCACCUGGCCGCCCGCUUUGGACACCCCGAGCUGGUGCAGUGGCUACUCCAAGAGGGCCACGCGGCCACGCUGGAGACGCUGGAGGGGGCCUUGCCCCUGCACCAUGCCGCGGUCAGCGGGGACCUGACCUGUCUGAAGCUCCUGGUGGCUGCCCACAGCAGCACGGUGAACCAGCAGACACACAGUGGUGCCUCCCCUCUCUACCUGGCCUGCCAGGAGGGCCACCUGCACCUGGCCCAGUACCUGGUGAAAGACCGCAGUGCUGACGUGCACCUGCGUGCCCUGGAUGGCAUGAGUGUGCUGCAUGCCGCUGCCGCCCGCGGCCACUACUCGCUCGUCGUCUGGCUGGUCACCUUCACUGACAUCAGCCUGACUGUGAGGGAUCAGGAAGGGGCCACCGCCCUCCACUUCGCAGCUCGAGGCGGCCACAUGCCCAUUCUAGAGCGACUGCUGCUGCUGGGCGCCCCCAUCGUGAGAGACUCCCGGGGCGGGAGCCCCCUGCAUGACGCAGCGGAGAGUGGGUGGAUGGAGUGCUGCCAGACCCUGGUCUCCCACCACGCGGACCCCUCCCUGCGGGAUGAAGAUGGUUACACCGCAGCCGACCUGGCAGAGUACCAUGGACACCAGGACUGCGCUCAGUAUCUUCGGGAGACAUCCCGGCCGGUGCUGCUUCUGAUGACGCCCCCGCCCCCACCGUUUCCACCUCCCCCACUGUCCGCUGUGAGGCCCUCCCUGGAGGCAAGGAGGGGUGACCCAUGUCCCAGGAGCCCCACCCCAGCAUGCCUCAGUCCAGCCCAGCCCAGCCGACCUCUUCCCGGGGAGCAGAUGACCUGCGACGUCCUUCCGAGGGCCGCCGCCAGUGCCAUGGCCGUCCCCACGGGGCCGGAGUCAGCAGAGGGGCACUCAGAUGGCCUGGCCAUGCUGCACCUGGACGGGCCGCCCUCAGACCUGGACAGGCUGGUGCCCACACGGGACGAGAGCGGCCAGCCCAUCCCCGAGUGGAAGCGGCAGGUGAUGGUGCGGAAGUUGCAGGCACGCCUGGGCACAGACACAGUGCCUGAGGCCCAGGACAGCGGUGGGAGCUUGGGCCCCACAGUGCAGGCGGCCUGGCGGUACUCACAGACCCACCAGGCCAUCCUGGGCCCCUUUGGGGAGCUGCUGACUGAGGAUGACCUGGCACACCUGGAGCAGCAGAUUGCUGACCUGCAGCUGCGACACCGCUGCCUGGAGUACGAGAGCCAGCCGGACAGGCCGGCAGCCAAGCUGCAGGCCCAGCUGCCUGCACCACCGGUCAGCGUCAUUGUCAACAGCCGCUUCCCUCCCCGGGCACCCCAGCUGCAGGGUGAGGAGGCCCUGACCCUGGCAGCCGAGGGGGCCAUGCCCACUGGGCAGCCCCUGCCCUUCUGGUGCAGCCACGUGGCCUGGCUGGUCCGCAGCAUGUCCCUGCUGCUGAAGGGCAUGGACGGGCUGGUGCAGGGCCAGGAGAAGCCAGCUGCCCUGCCCCACCAGGAGCUCUGCAGGGAGACCCCAGCCAGGUCCCCACGGACCACUGCCCAGUGUGAGAUCCAGCGGUGUGGGGUGUCCGUGCGGAGGUUACGUGGCAACUUCGAGUCAGCUCCAGGCCUGUCCUGCAGCACAAACCCAGGCCCCGGUGAGGCGGGGGCCCAGCACGAGCAAUGCCCAGGACCCUGCUGGCCGGCACCUGCGCAGCCCCACAGCCUGAUUGGACGGGAGCCUGGGCCUGGCGACUCCGGCUUCAGCUGCGAGGGGGUCCCGUCCGAGGUGGGUGCCAUGCCCUGCCCUGCCCUGGCCAGCGGGCGCAAGGAGCGCAUCAUCAUGCUGUUCCUCAGCCACUGGAAGAAGUCGGCCUACGCACCAGCCCUCAAGACAGCAGCCUACAGGACCCUGGAGGCCCGUGGCACUGGGCCACCGGCACAGGAGGUGGCCAGCGGUCCUCCACUGCCCUCCCUGCCACCCAGCGAGGGCCCCCGGCUCGGCCACCUGUGGCGACAGCGGAGCGUCAUCACCCACCUGCUGGGCAACUGGAAGGGCAUCAUGGAGCAUGUGCCGGCCCAGCAGCUGCGCAGGCUGAGCAGGCGGCCCCGGGGGCUGCUGUCCCCAGAGCAGUUCCUGCCCCAUGUGGAUGGGGCACCCGUGCCCUACAGCAGCCUCACGCUGGACCUCUUCAUGCUGGGCUACUUCCAGCUCCUGGAGUGCGACCUGCCCCCCGAGGAGCGCACCAUGCGCCACCUGCUCUGCUUCGAGGUCUUCGAGCACCUGGGUGCCCAUGGCUGGGAGGCGGCGCGUGCCUUCCACAAGGCCGUGACCGACGAGGUGGCCACUGGCCGCCGUGCCUGGACCGAUGGUUUCGAAGACAUCAAAGCCCAAUUCUUCAGCUCCGGUCAUAGUCCCGCCUGGGGUACAGAGCCCAGCUGCACGUCAGGCCUGACUCGCCUCCAGCCCUUGCCCCACGUUGCCGUCCCCAGCGUCGGCCCUGAGCCUGCAGCACUGCGGCUGGGGUCCAGCUCCCGGCGGGGCAGCUUCAACAGCGAGGACAUCUGUGGCUACAUCGACCGGAGCUUCACGUUCUGGAAGGAGAAAGAGGCCGAAAUGUUCAGCUGUGGAGAGUGAGACGGACUGGCGGCCUGCCUCCCUGAGCGGGGUUUUGCAGGGUGGUUCUGUUUUUCUCUCCGUUUCCUUUUUCACCCACCUGGUGGCCAGGUGAGCCCCAAAGCCAGGCCAGCCAAUACUCACGUGCUAGUUGCCACCCCCCAGCUCUGCCCUGCGGCGGAGGUUCCCCCUCAGCUGAGGGGCUUGGCUUCAGAAACCCUUCUCACCGCUGAACCCAAGAAGCCCUCUGUCUCCUGAUCAUCUCUGAAGUUAGAAGACUUGUGGUCCCAGCCCCAGAUCUUCUGCCGGUUCAUCCCUGGGCACCUGGAUGCCAGGGCUAUGUCCCGUGGGCCCUCCUUCUAGUGGCCUGCGUGGCCUGUCCCUCAGUGCCUCCCGUGCUGGUGACCCUGGCCACACCCAGAGCCUCCAUCUGCCCUCCAUGGUCCUGGCUCGGCUUUCCCGGUGACCUUGGGCCACGCCCUCUCACCGGGCCAGGCCUCUUUCCCACCUGAAUGGGAGAAGAGCUGGGGGACACGGAAAGAAUGGGACUCCGUGGGCCGGAGGCCUUCCCUUGGACUGAACUGCCCUCCCCGAUUCUCAAGCCAGGAGACGGCCCCCCCGACGCGCGUGCCGGCCGCACUCAGCCACCCGCCAACUGAUGAGCUCCGCUGCCAGCCACGCCAGCAUCCCCCCAGCACGCUCCAGAGGCUCUGGGCCCCAAAAGGCAGGCUCCCUGGGGGGCUCCUGUCUCCAGCUGACCACAGGCGCACAACCCAAGGCAGCGGCAGGGCACCCCCUGCGGCCCUUGAGAGCCGGGACAUCAGGAACUUCUUCAAGAGAAGCAGAGGCUGAAGGGCUCUGAGCAGGGGCACCGAUGCCCGCCCUCAGAGGUGAGCGGCAGGCCUGGAGGGGACACACAGCUGGGAGGCGAUGAGACACAGCCACUCCCCGUGGUCCCCCGGUUGGCACCCCCACCCUUCUCCACGAGGGACAAAGGAAAGGUGGACGUGCCCUCAGAGGGCCUCCAAGGCCGCAGGGCGUAACAGUCGCUGGACAAAGCCCCGCACGUCUGGCCAUGGGAUGUGACUCGUCCCCGGGUACAUCCCUGGCAGCCAGGAGAAUGACCCACCAGCCCACACCUGUGGGGCCGACAAGGGCUCCCCCAGAGUCCUUUAGGGAGAGAGCCCUGUGGCCAGGCGACUGCCUCAACAGGCUGGGUGGUGGGGGUUUCAGGAACCUUCCCCUGGCUGCUGCCUCCCUGCAGCCCGGCCCCCCUUGGGACAGGGUCCCCCGCAGUGUCCCCACCCCACUGCAGAGCUUGGAGAGCGCCGGCGAGUUGUUGCGUGAAACACAGAGCCCUCCCAGCCGGCUGACUUGGGGUCCCACGGUGGGGGCGCUCUCGGGGAGAGGAAGUGGACGUGUCAGGGAGUGGGGCGGCCAGGACAGGGAAGGAGGAGGCGUGGCCCGGGCUCCAGACCCUCCGAGCUGGAUGUGAGUUUGCUAAAUAAAGGCUCCCAUUCCUG